AUGCCCAUUCCCACCGGAAUAUCGACACGUCUCAACCCUUCGUUCUACUUGAUCGGAGAUGACAUCUCAACUGCUCAGUCAGUGGCAAUUGACUCCAAAUGGAAGCUUGAAGAUGCAAAACGAGCUGUUGGUGGUUUCUUCCAUGUGGCUCAGCCAUUAGGUCUGAGCUUCUACGUCGGCGAUAGCGACGAAGAAAUCUCUACAGUUGAGGACAUUCUCUCCACGCCUUCAUCCAUAACCCCAAUUGGCCUUCGCAUCGAUGGCCAGGCAGUCCACAGUCCCCAGGGCCCCGAGGGCCUCCCACUCGUUGGUAGCUUCUACGAAAUCUUCCCCGACCACCUGGGCAACCACUAUCGUCUCUUCCGAAAGUACGGCCAUGUCAUCAAGACAACUAACAUGGGAAAAACAAUAUACCUCACCGAUAGCCCCGAGGUAGCAGCCGUGGCCCUAGCCGAAUCAGCCUAUAUGACGAAAAAGAUCAACGAGAAUCAUCCUCUUUGGGGUAUUAAAGACAACACUGCUAUCUUCAUUGGCGACACAGAAACAGAGAACUGGCGUCUUGCACACAAGUUCCUGCCACCGGCUAUGGGACCCAAGGCUGUGAGGCACUAUACACCACUGAUGCAGGAGUGUGUCCGCAAGUCAUUCACUGUGUUCGAUGAACUUGAUAGCCGUGAUCAGUCUUGGAAUGUAUACCAGUACAUGGUAAAACUUGCCUCUCAGACUAUCGGCAAGUUCUCGCUUGGUGCGGAUUUUGAGCACUUUAAGCACGUCGAUGCCCCUUUACAUCCUAUCGUGACGAACACUGCGAAUCUACUUUCCCUCAAUAAGAAAAUCACUGCGCGUGGCGAGUGGUAUCGACGCCUCCCUUUUGGCGAUCCUGCGCGGCUGAAGAAUGUUCAAAAGACCAUAUACUCUCUUCUUCAAGAGCAGAUUGACCGAGUGAAGGACUCCAAUAUUGCCGGUAUGCCAAUGAACGAGGCAGCCAUCAACGCUUCUUGCGUGGUGGACUACCUCUCCAACACAGUCGAUGAGUCUGGUGGGAAAUUCCCCGAGGGUCUGAUCCUCGCCAACAUGUUGAUCGUCACGGGUGCGGGCUUCACGACCACAUCCGCGCUCAUGUCCUGGCUAAUCUACUGCCUGGUCAACUACGAGGGCACGCAAGACCGACUGUACGAGGAGCUAUGCGAGGCCGGUAUAGCCAACACGAACGAAUCAUUGACAUGGACGCCUGAGCUAGCGCAUGGCCUCUCAUACCUUGAUUGCUUCGUCAAAGAGACCCAGCGUUUACACAACGCCUCUUUCCAGCCUGGUCGUACGACAAAAACCGAUGUUGUCUUACCUGGUGGGUACCGUCUUCCUGCAGACAGCGUGAUUGUCCCCGCGCUGUACGCAAUCCACACGAACCCGGAAGUAUGGCGCGAUCCAUUCCACUUCGAUCCUGACCGGUGGACGAGUGAUGAAAUCAAGAACAAGCACCGGUGUGCGUACAUUCCCUUUACGACUGGACCACGCGGCUGUAUUGGGUUCAACUUUGCUUUGUUGGAGAUCAAGAUCUUGUUGUCCGAGCUGGUGUCUAGGUAUGAGUUCUUCAAGGAGGGAUUAGAUGCGGUCGAGUAUGAUCCUGAGUUUCAGUUGAUUCGGCCGUUGAACUUUUAUGUCAGGGCUAAGAAGAGGGCUGGAGUUGCAUAG